UAAGGUAACUGAACUAAAUUACUUUCGCUCCGUGGCACUCACUUCUGUCAUCAUGAAGUGCUUUGAGAGACUAGUCAAGGAUCAUAUCACCUCCACCCUACCUGAUACCCUAGACCCACUCCAAUUUGCUUACUGCCCCAAUAGGUUCACAUACGACACAAUCACCAUCGCACUGCACACUGCCCUAUCCCAUCUGGACAAGAGGAAUACCUAUGUAAGAAUGCUGUUCAUUGACUACAGAAACAUUUAACACCAAAUUACCCUCCGAAAUCAUCAUUAAGCUUGAGACCCUGGGUCUCGACCCCGCCCUGUGCAACUGCAUCCUGGACUUCCUGACGGGCCGCCCCCAGGUGUUGAGGUUAGGAAACAACAUCUCCACCCCGCUGAUCCUCAGCACUGGGGCCCCACAAGGGUGCGUUCUCAGCCCUCUCCUGUAAUACCUGUUCACCCAUGACUGCGUGGCCAUGCACACCUCCAACUCAGUCAUCAAGUUUGCAGAUGACACUACAGUGGUAGGCUUGAUUAUCAACAACAACGAGACGGCUUACAGGGAGGAGGUGAAGGCCCUCGGAGUGUGGUGUCAGGAAUAUAACCUCUCACUCAACGUCAAUAAAACAAAGGAGAUGAUCGUGGACUUCAGGAAACAGCAGAGGGAGCAUCCCCCCAUCCACAUCGACGGGACAGUAGUGGAGAAGGUGGAAAGUUUUAAGUUCCUCGGCGCACACAUCACGGACAAACUGAAAUGGUCCAACCACACAGACAGCAUGAUGAAGAAGGCGCAACAGUGCCUCUUCAACCUCAGGAGGAUGAAGAAAUUUGGCUUGUCACCUAAAACACUCACAAACUUUUACAGAUGCACAAUCAAGAGCAUCCUGUUGGGCUGUAUCACCGCCUGGUAUGGCAAAUGGUCCGCUUACAACCGUAAGACUCUCCUGAGGGUAGUGAGGUCUGCACAACGCAUCACCAGGGGAAGACUAUCUGCCCUCCAGAACACCUAUACCAUCCGAUGUCACAAGGCCAAAAAGAUCUUCAAGGACAUCAACCACCCGAGCCACUGCCUGUUCACCCCGCUACCAUCCAGAUGGCAAGCUAAAGCUAGGACAAAGUGUCACAAGACUGUCUGCGUGGCACCAUGCUUCUAUAAACAACGCCACUGUAGUGUUCCAUCUGACUGACUAGGGACAGGUAAACAAGUGUGACAUUCAAGCUUUAUUCACACUGGAGGCCUUAAUAUGCUCAAAUAAUUUUUGUUUUUCAAAUCCAUUUUGGAAUACAUACUGUCCAAAUGGCAAGUUACAAGUGACCAAAUCAGAUUUGUGUGUGUUCAGACUGUAGUCAUUUGCUGACAUGGCUAAGCUAGUUGUGGUGGUAAUGUCGGGUGUGUGUGCAGUUGUGGAGGCUGAUUGAUGGUGGUGCUCAUGCUUCCUAUCACUCAGAAGUUAUGUAGCAAGCUAAUGUGACAACAAUCCCUGCCAUGGAAGUUUCCCAGUUGCUUUGAGUGUUCAAAAUCAUAGUGUAAGAUCACUAUGACAGCCUCAAAGGAUAAGAUGAUUCAACUUUUCUAGAACAUUCACUAAUUUGUUUGUAAACAAUUAACAAGCUAGUUAGCUACCAUAUGUGUCACGCCUUGGUCAUUGUAUUUUGUGUUUUUGGUAUAUGUUUGGGUAGGCCAGGGUGUGACAUGGGUUUAUAUGUUGGGUUUCGUAUUGGGGUUUGUAUUAAUUGGGAUUGUGUAUGAUUAGGGGUGUGUCUAGUUAGGCUUGGCUGCCUGAAGCGAUUCUCAAUUGGAGUCAGGUGAUUCUCAUUGUCUCGGAUUGGGAACCGUAUUUAGGUAGCCUGAGUGCGCUUUGUAUUUUGUGGGUGUUUGUUCCUAUCUCUGUGUUGUAGUCACCAGAUAGGCUGUAAUUAGUUUCACGUUUCGUUGUUGUUUUCUUAUAUCAGUUAUUUCAUGUACCGCGAUGCAACGUCGUUACAAUAUGUUUUUUUCAAAUUGUCAACAGAGUAUCUAAUAAGCAACAUGAUAUGCCAAAUAACAUUCAAAAUCCCACUUGAGGGCAAAAAAAAUCUGAUUUAACUGUUCAGAUACAAGUCACGUUGCCAGGAAUCAUACAUACAAAAAAUAUCAAAAAAUAUCUUAGCGGUCACAUUUGUGACCAAUGGGAAAAUACAGUGGCUCUAACUUAUUAUAUACAGUUGAAGUUGGAAGUUUACAUACACCUCAGCCAAAUACAUUUAACCUCAGUUUUUCACAAUUGCUGACAUUUAAUCCUAGUAAACAUUCCCUGUCUUAGGUCAGUUAGGAUCACCCAUUAUUUUAAGAAUGUGAAAUGACAGAAUAAUAGUGGAGAGAAUGAUUUAUUUCAGCUUUUAUUUCUUUCAUCACAUUCCCAGUGGGUCAGAAGUUUACAUACACUCAAUUAGUAUUUGGUAGCAUUGCCUUUAAAUUGUUUAACUUGGGUUAAACGUUUCGGGUAGCCUUCCACAAGCUCCCCCAGUAAGUUGGGUGAAUUUUGGCCCAUUCCUCCUGACAGAGCUGGUGUAACUGAGUCAGGUUUGUAUGCCUCCUUGCCCGCACACGCUUUUUCAGU